CGCGCUUAGCAACUGGUAACUUUGCAUCCCUCCAACUGUCCACUACUUUACUCCACACUGUCCAACUCCAACUACCCGCCCACUCGACACCCGCUAUCAUUAUCGCUCGCAACAAUGCCACCACAACAACGAAGAAUAUCCCAGUCGCCAUCACCAGCGCCCGAGCGCGGCUCGCCAUCAACUUCGCCAUCAAGCACGGCAAAGCGAAAGCGCUCACGCGCGGGAUGCUACACUUGCCGCAGGAGAAAGAAAGCAUGCGACUCGGCGCGCCCAGUCUGCGGGUCAUGCACCCGCCUCGGCAUACCGUGCGUCUUCCCAAAGCUGUACCGCAACGCAAAGGGCGACCUCGUGCCCUCGCCGCAGCCGAACGGGCGGACUCGCAAGCUGCCUCGCGGUGACUCAGUGGAGAACGAAGAGCCGCCCCACGCCGGAUCGAGCACUGCAGCCUCGGCAGACAUUACUGGACCACCAACACACACGACCGUCACCACGAGCCCCGGUGUAGCGACCGCCCCACCCCACACGCAGACAUCGCCCGAGUGGCACCGCGCCGCGCGCCAGCCGUCCCCGGAGCGCAACUACGACGAGGGGGCCGAGGGGGAGGACGAGUCGGCCCUGGACCAGUUCCUUGCGUCCCUUGGGGACGCGGAGUCGGGACAGGCGUGGGCGUGGCCCCUGCUUGAUGGCUCUGGGGGCGGGCUGGAGCUCGACCUCGGCGCAUCGCAUGCCGACGGGGCGACGGGAGGGGCGUGGGCAGGAGGCGUGCAUGGCGUCCCCCUUGCCCCGGGGUAUGACAGCCACGGCGUGUUCGCGAGCAACAAGAUGGUCACUGCUGCUGCCGUGCUCGAGCAUUUGCCGACGCUGUAUGAUUACUUUGUCACGUCAUUCUCGCCAGUCCUGUCCGUCCUCGGUGGGCCGGGGCACAACCCCGUGCUCGACCAGCUGUUACCCGUCGUCCAGCGGUCACCGCUCGUCAUGUGCGCGUUGAUUGCGUGGGCUGCGACGCACCGCGCGGGCACCGGCCACCCGUACCACGACGUGGCGCGCGUGUCGGCCGAGACGGUCGAGAUGCAGAUCGACUCGCUCGACGUCACGCGCGACUUCACCAACGACGAGCGGGAGGAGUACAUGUGGACGCUGAUCAUCCUCGGCGGCGUCGAGAUUGUGCGCGGCGACAGCAAGGGCUGGGUGCGGCGGCUGCCCAUGGCGCGCGGGAUGCUGGAGAAGGCCCUCGCGUCGGUCGACUUCAAGUCGUCGCCAACGUGGCAGAGCCUGGCGUACAACACGGCGUAUCACGACAUUUUGUCUGUGAUGGCGAUGACCCGGGGCCCGAAGUGGCCGGCGGUCUAUGACCGCAUCCUGAACCACAACAAUGUCGAGAUUGACGGGUACAUGGGUGCGACGCGGCGGAUAUUCUACCUGCUGACCGAGAUCUCCACACUCGCGACCAAGGUAGCCGCCACGCUUGAUCUGCCAGAAUCGGACGACAAGGACCGCGAGCUCACCGACCUGGUUGGGCAGCACGAGGCGCUGCUUGCACGUCUGCGUGCCGUUGCUAUCCCCCUCGGCGUGUUCGUCCAGCUGCCAAUCGGCACGGACCGGUCGCACCUCAUUGUGGCGAUCGAGGUGUACCGCAGCGCGGCCGAGCUGUACCUGCGGCAUACGGUGCUCCGUGCCGGCUCGUCCGACCUGCAAAGCCGCUUGAUCGCCAAGCGGCUAAUGCACAACCUCCGUUUGAUCCUCGGCACGCCGCACGAGUCGCAGAUGAUGUUCCCCCUGUUCUUGGCAGGCGUGUAUACCGGCCACGACGCGGGACGCACCGAGAUUGUCAACAUCUUCACCAAGUUUAGCGAGCGCACUGGCGUGCGCAGCGUGAUCACCAUCAUCAACCUCUUGCUCGAGGUGUGGAAGCGGGAUCCGGACGGGACGCUGUACGUCGACUGGCGCAAGCUGGCGGAGGAGUCGGGGGUGGCCGUGUCGUUUGGCUAG